AUGGCUAGUAAGAAGCUCAUCGUGGUCAUCGGUGCAACUGGAAACCAAGGUGGCUCCGUAGUCGAUGCGUUUCACACGGAUCCGUCAUGGAAGAUUAGAGCACUUACACGUAACCCUUCCAGCGCCAAGGCGACAGCGCUCGCAGCUCGCGAUGUGGAAGUGGUGAAAGCCGAUAUGGAUGAUCCUUCUAGCUUACCUGCGGCCUUUAAAGAUGCCAAUGCCAUCUUCGUUGUUAGCGACUUCUGGGGCCUGUACGGUUCAUUUGCUCAGCAGGGGGUUGAUACCGGCGGAAAGCCGCUGAACCUCUUCGCAGGUGAGCAUGAGCUGCAGCAGUUGAAAGCAGCCAUCGACGCCGCCGCAAAGGUGCCUACCUUGGAACGAUUCAUUCUCUCCACACUCUCCGCUGCAACAAAGUGGUCCAAGGGAAAGUACACCCAUGUGUACCACUUUGAUAUCAAAGCCCAAGCCUCCGCAUACGUGAAAGAGGCGCAGCCAGAGCUUUGGACCAAGACAAGUCUUUUCCAGCCAGGUUUCUUCUUGAGCGGCUAUGUGCUUAACCCAAACCUUAGGCCACGAAAGAAUGCAGACGGGGUUGCCCAGUUCUUCAACACGAUGAGAGGCGACUUUAAGACCCCCUGGCUGGCCCCCGAAGAAGAUUCAGGUGCUUUCGUUAAAGCGCUCAUUGUCGACGAAGCUCCGGGUAAAAAUCUCAUUGCAUACCGCGAGUGGGCUACUUUGCGAGAGAUGGUGCAAGCAUUCGAGAAGGCCAGUGGAGUGAAGAGCGAGGUCGUCGAAGUGCCAGUCGAUGCGCCUAACGAGCAUCUCCCACUCGAAUUGAAGAUUGAGCUUGAUGAGGGCUAUAGCUAUUGGGAAGAAUUUGGCUACGAAGCGAGAGACGAUCCUACUGUCAUACAUCCCAAGGAUUUGAAACACCCUCCAAAGUUGGAGACGAUGGAGCAAUUUUACCGAAAGCAGGACUUCAGCAAAAUCUUUGGAGCAUAG